UUUACAGAAUAUUUCAUGGCUGGAAGAAACCAGAGCACUGUAACAGAAUUCAUUCUUUUGGGGUUAACUGGGGAUGCCACCCUUCGGGCCAUCCUCUUUAUGACAUUCCUUGGGAUCUAUGUUGUAACUUUAAUGGGAAACAUCAGCAUCAUUUUGCUGAUUAGGGUCAGUUCCAAACUUUAUACCCCAAUGUACUUUUUCCUUGGCCAUUUGGCUGCUGUUGAUAUUGGGUAUUCCUCCAGUGUAACACCAGUAAUGCUUGGUGGCUUCUUGGCUGAUUUCUACACCAUGCCUUUGGUAAGCUGUAUUGCUCAGCUGUGUUCUGUGGUGACUUUUGGGACAACUGAAUGCUUCUUAUUGGCUGCUAUGGCUUAUGACCGAUAUGUGGCUGUCUGUAGCCCACUGCUCUACUCUGGCAAAAUGUCCGACAAUGUCUGCAUCCUGCUCGUAGUUGCUUCCUACAUAGGUGGUUGUGUGAAUGCUUGGACAUUUACCAGUUGCUUAUUAAAUGUGCAUUUCUGUGGGCCUAAUCAGAUAGACCACUUUUUCUGUGACUUUUCUCCACUGUUGAAACUUUCUUGUUCAGACAUUUCAGUUAUUCAAAUCAUUCCUUCUGUUUCCUCGGGGUCAAUAAUAGUGGUCACCAUGCUUGUCAUAGUCAUUUCUUAUGUACAAAUUGUCUCGACAAUCCUGAGGAUGAACUCAAGGGAAGGGAAGCACAAAGCGUUCUCCACUUGUACUUCCCACCUCACUGCUGUCACUCUGUACUACGGAACCAUCACUUUCAUAUACGCGAUGCCCAAAUCCAGUUACUCGAUGAAUCAAAAUAAAAUGGUGUCUGUGAUCUACACCGUUAUAAUCCCCAUGUUGAACCCUCUGAUCUAUAGCCUGAGGAACAAGGAUGUUAAGGAGGCCCUGAGAAAGGUAGUUGACAGGAAAAAGUUUUCUUAA